UUGCAGCCAAAAUUACGUCAUUGGCAAAUUCACAAGUUCAAUUCGUUUGAGAACAAACCCGCGUUCUUCACCUCUUCUCCUCUUCUCUUCUGCAAAAUUAAACCGCGAUUCAACAUCGUUAUUGCCUUCGCCGUAGCCAUCGAUGCAGAGAAGGCCAGACAAGUUGUUCAUGAACUUGCUCAGGCUAGAUUAUCUAAUUCUCUUAUUCAAGCAGUAGCACUGCUACGGCAGAGAAACAAUCAAGGAGUGGUUAAUUCUCUGAACGAUUUGUUAGCCUGCGACAAGGCUGUACCCGCAACCCCCGUUUCAUGGGAGAUGCCUGAGGAACUGGCAGACCUCUUUCUCGUGUACUUGAAAAGCGAUCAGGCGCCUGAGAAAGUAGCAAGAGUACAGUAUCUACUGAACAUCAGCGACUCGACAGCAGAAUCUCUACAAGCUAUGAAAUAUAAGGGAUCAUCAAAUGGAUCAGCUGAGCAGGAGGAGUUCGUAUUUUGAUUUGAAAAUGUGUCUUUUUAGGAUUAAUAGUUUGCCGGUCGAAGUUUGAUGCAAAAAUGCUACUAAUGGUUGCCAAUUUUGUCUCAUAUUGUUAGAGCAUAGAACACGGUGAGCAGGAUGAUGAUGUUGAGUGGAAUUCUUUGUAUUUUAUAGAUGUUG